UGGGAAAAACAGGGGUACUAUACUUGUACUUUGCGCCGAUCGGAAUAAAGGGCGCCCUCAAUAUCUUCCAAGAUGGCAGACCCAUUGGGUCUUUUCGCCCUGUUUCUCUGUCUUAUACAGGUGGCCCGUUCUUCCGGCCAGUUUGAGUCUCCGUCCCCACCCCUCAGACAAGACUGCUUUGCGUUGGGUCUGUCUUCCAAUCUCUUGUGCAGCUCCUGCAGCGUCCUACCCAAUCACGGGCUGGAGUCGCUGGUGCCAGACUGCCAGACUUGCUGUCACAAAGACAACGAUGCUGAGGACCAAAAGCUUUAUCCAAAGGCAAUCCUGGAGGUGUGCAGCUGAAAAUUGGGGAGAUUUCCACAGAUCCAGGCCUUCGUCAAGGGUGAGCGGGCCCAAAAUUUUCCAAAUCUUGAGAUAAAGUUCAAGCGCGGGGCCGACCCAGCCCUGAAGUUCCUGAAUGAGAAGAACCAGGUCCAGGAAACGCUGAGCAUCGAGCGAUGGAACACGGACACUGUGGAAGAAUUCCUGCAGGAACGCCUCAUGCCAUAAAAUUAAAAGAAAGAAAAUUAUACGAUUGUUCUUAAGGCCAUGCGGAAAAGAAAACUGGUUUUGUGGUCCAAACCAAAGGAAAAGUCUCUUCAGAAAUCGGCCCAAUUUUAAUGGAGCUUAGAAUAUUUAUGUGCUAAGCGGAAAUCAGCGGGGAACCAGUCACGAGCUGUAGCACUUGCAUGGCAUUUUGGUUGGUAACCUGUUUUUGCUAAGCAGAUGUUUUCUAUGCUUAGUAAUUUCUUUGCUUUGCAGUGCUGUGAAUUUAGGCUUAUGGUCACCAAACUGUAAAAAUUUGGUUGAUUCCAUUCAAAGCAACGUGGUGGAUAACCUAUUCAACUCGUCUUCAAUUUUCUAUUUCUCCAAUUUUCUUGUUCUUCAAGGCCUUAAGAAUGAUUAAGAAUACUUAGUGUUGUGAGACACUUUUAUGAAGGCAUUGUGCUAAACCGGAACGGGGCACAGUGCCUGAUGUUCAGUGUGUCAUGACAAAUUGUAUUACUUUUGUCUGUAUAAGAAAAUAAAUGUUUUGUGUUGAGUAAACAGGUACUUUAUUGCUGCACAACGUAAAAUACAGUGCUCUUAUUGUGUUUUUUGUACUGUUCACAUAUUUAUUAUUUCAGUAACGUUAACCCUUACUAGCUCAAUUGAGUUAAAGGCAUAAUAGCAUCAUUCACAUUUAUCCCAAAAGUAACCUACCAAAUUAUUAUCAAAAAGCUUACUUGGAUUAAAGAUCGUACUGAUACUAAACACCCCGUGAAAUUACUCUGUCUGGUUUGCUGUCACUUGGAAAAAAAUCAGGAAAUGUAAAAGAUUUCCAACAAUCAGUCAAUUGACUGGGGUUUUUUGGAAUAAAAGAAUGCAGACAGAAUCGUGUUUCAAAAGGCUGUGCGUGGUUUUCACUGUUUUCCUGAAAAGUGUAAUAUCCACCGAGCUGAAACUUCCACAGGUUGGGUUUUGAACACUCUUUGGAUUUUGAGUGGUUUAAUAUUUGAAAUGAACAAAAUACAUGAAAAGCAAAUGAUCCUAUAUCCCUUUACAAUCCAGUACUUCGGCUUACUUAAUAUUCAUGUGUCCAAAGGUCAUUAUGGGAUUUGAUGGCUCAGUUUUUAAGCAAACAACUUUCCAUUGGUUUGCUAUA